AUCAUGUUAAGAAUGCAAAUAUUUUUACGCAAAGAAAGUAAUAAUUGAAAAUACUUAGCAAUCGAUUUGAUCAUCUGAGAUGGAGGACCGGAUAAAAUAUUUCCUCCACGUUAGUUUUACUAUUCUGAUAGUGUGUUACUUCGGAACAGUGGUUUCUUAUACAUCGUCGCCUUCCACUGUGCAAACAACAGCUGUACCUUCUUCUGUACCAUCGACAGUUGUGCCUUCCUCUGUGUCAAUGACAGUUGGACCUUCAUCUGUGCCAACGACAGUUGGGCCUUCCUCGGUGCCAUCGACAGUUGGGCCUUCCUCUGUACCAUCGACAGCUGGGCCUUCCUCUGUGCCAACGACAGUUGGGCCUUCCUCAGUUUUGUCUUCCGCAACGACAAUGAAAGCGUUUACGUCAGCUGCAAAUAAGUCAACAUCUUCUAUGCCAUCUACAAUGAUGUCGACACUAGGGAGUGAAACUUGUGCGAGCCUCGACUAUGUUUAUAACGUAGGGAACGGCGCUUACUACACUUGGCAUGUCUACAAUUAUAAUUAUGCAUGGCAUAACAUGUCGUUUUGGGGAGGGCACUUGCAGAUACCAUGGAAAGAAAAUCUUGACGAUACAUGUUUUUACUGGAUUGACAGCUAUUUCCUUACAUUAUCAGAUAAACACAAGGACAUUGCAGAUAUAGGAGAAGAUAUUUUGACAUCAGAUGCUUGUAUUCUGAAUCAGAAUCAGACAGAUAACUGUAUCUUGGAUGUUUCGGUUGAAAUGAGGAAAUGUAAUGGUCAUCUACUAUACAGAUUUCCUUGGAAUUACAGUCCUACUGAUGACAAUGAUCUUAAUAUAUAUUACAACACAUAUAUAUGUUUCGAAAGAGAAUAUACAGACACGUGUGAAUCAUCUGAAUUUGUCUACACCGCUGGCAACAUGAGCGGUCGCUUUCUAAAUGUUUCGUAUGGUGACACCCACUUUGGCUGGUUUGAUGCCCAUCGUGAUGGAAAGCAGUAUGUUUUGCCUUCGUUUGAAGAUGUUGAAGAUGUUUUUGAGAAUUGUCUUCCCGACUACGGUUAUUACUAUGGCAGCUACUUCCUGAAAGAAGGUAUGCCACAAGAUAUAGGUGAAGAUCCUGUUAGGCUCAGCCUGUGUAACGUUUACAAGAACUACUACGGUAACUAUGACAACUACAAUGAAUAUGAAGACGAUUAUUAUUAUGACAAUAACUGUCAUUCGUAUGUCUAUGCAAGAAAAUGUCAGGGGAAAAUACAGUUUGAUCUACCGCAAUACUGGGGACAAUUUUGUUUCAUUCAUUAUAACAAAGUGAAGGUAUUACCAGAAAUAGGCCACACAGAAGAAAGCAGAAAUGAUGGUACAAGGAUAUACAGUCCUUUCCUCCAGUUUAGAUGUUCCUUCGAGAUGGCCGGUACAACUGCGUACAGAGUCAACUGGUACAUAAAUGGAACACUAUGGAUGCAAACAGGGCCUUCGUCUGACGCGAACCAUCUAGCACUCAAAGGGGAGGGUUUGAAUGAGCUCAGACUUGGAUACCAGGUUAAAUGUGGAGUGAUAUCAAUAGGAACAAAUGUCACAAGUGAAAUAUUCAGUGAUGACUAUUACACUGGAUGGAAGAUUUCAGAUACAUCAAUAAAACUUAGCAAGAAUAGCUAUGCUAUUGUUGAAGUGGAACAAACAGUGCCGCUAGGUUGUGUGCAUACUGAAUCUGGACAGGAAGAGUGCGAGGAAACGCUUUCACUUGUAGAUCCAAACUUUGAUCCAGAUGAUACUUGCAAAGCGGGUAUACGUGUAUUAAAUGCAGACGAACAACAUCUUUCAUAUCACAAAAUAAAGAGUCUAAAACUAGGCGAGAAAUGGGACGCAAACAUGAAAUACAGGUUUAGAUUAUCAACAAUCGACCAUGAUUAUGACGACAAGUUAUAUUUUGAUAUGAGUCUUCUAGUAACCAAAGCAUCUGGACAUACGCUUCAGGAUACUGAGAUAAUAAGCACAGUACAGGUUACUGUAACAGACUCAAGGUUACAUUGGAACAAACGGUGCUAUUCUCACAAUGAUCCACAUAUGCGAACUGGCGAUGGAAGGUACUAUGGACAUCAAAUAGUGGGGAAUUAUAUGAUGUACCGAAACAAGGCUUACCAGUCAGAGGUUCAUGAAUAUACCAGAUAUUGCUGGGAAGGCUACAAUUCUGGUCCAGUGUGUGCAUGUGGUGUAGCAGUUCGAUCUGGUGCGGACGUUUUUAUGAUCAAUAGAUGUGGCAACUUUACAAUUCUAGACUUCCUUCAAUGCGGAGAUGGAGGCAUCCUUGAAGUUGAACCAAUUCAUGGAUACCGUUACAAGGUGACAACUCCGAUUGGAACAAUCGUUAUCAUUAAUCUUCAUAGUUGGGGAAAGACUCUUGAUAUAGAUAUAUAUUUAUCUGCUAAGGACUUUGGUAAUAUAGACGGUCUUUGUGGAUAUUUUGAUGGGAAUCGUAAUAAUGACUUCCGGCACAGGGAUGGCUCAGAGUCUGCAAUUUCAAAUGGAUACUAUUAUCAUGAAUUUACAGAAAGUUGGAGGCUUUUGGAUGCGGAAAAUUUCUUAAAGAAUGCAAAUCGUUCAUUGGAGCAUUGGGAUGAAAACAAUGGAGGGACUGCAGGCCACCCAUGCUUCAAACCAGAUUCAAUAACAAAGAAUAAGUGUUUAGUACAGCGAAGAAAAAGGCGUGAGGCCGCGUUCCGGUUUGAAACAGAAUCAACAAGACAUGGAUUUAUGACAAAUGCUGAAAGCAAACGAGAAAGGAGAAGUACUGGACAGGACAUAACAGAAGAAGAAGCAAGAGCACUUUGUAACAGUUCAAUAUAUGAAGCACCUGCCGUUCGGGAAUUUUCGGAUAAACUCGCUGACGAAGACCCGAAAGUUGUUCUUACCCAAUGCGUGUAUGACAUCGUUCACGGAAACGACACUGUGUGGGCAGAAGCUCACGUGAAUGCCCUUAACAACAUAGUUGCGUCAGUAAUUAGUCUUAACCCUGUGUUUGCUGCAAACAAUUCCGAAUCAGUUAAAUCAUUUCUUUCACAAACGUGCUUGAAUAACUGCAGUGGACAUGGAGAAUGUUCCGAGACAGGAUUGUGUACAUGUGAAGGGAUUUUUCGUGGCCCUGACUGUGGGAUUGACCUUAGAAUCCCACCAGUCAUAUAUGAUAUACAAGAUGGCGGAAUGUGUGAUACUGCUAACGACGAUGAAUGCAAUUGUUUUGUUAUCAGGACAGAUAACAUAUUCGAAGGUUUUACCUACGAGAUAAGUACAUAUGAGUUACUUUUUGAUGGCACCAGAAAACAAAUAGGCCAGUCUGUCAAUGUGGGUGAGUAUGAGGACAUUUUCACGGGUGUUUGUUGUGCCCCUGAACAACGUAAGAAACGUUCAUUCGAUGACUCGUCGGAUCCUUCUAUAAUGAUGUUUGACGUUGUAAUUAGUAACGAUGGAAACAACUUUGGACAGAGCAAGUCUGUGUAUGUGUUUGACUCCUCUUGCAUACAUUUUGAGCAUUCGGGCGGAAUCAUGACCAUUGUUCUGAAGGACGGAUAUUGUUUUAUUGGCGGUGCUUGUGUUGAGCAAAAGUCUACUUUACAGACACCAUCCGGGUGUUAUUUGUGCGAACCCAAGUCUAUCCCGUAUGCUUGGACACAUGUUUCAUGCGGUGGAGAUAACGUUGGAUUGGCAACUUCUACACUGAUUGCCGCCAUAACAGGUUCUGUCUUUGCUGGAAUUAUUCUCACGGCAGUAAUUGUGUAUGUACGGUGCUUCAAGGGGUCAAAGAAACGACGGACUGUAGAAGACAUACCAUCAAGUCAAGCAUACUUGUCACCUGGGCCAGCAAGGGAAACAUGGGGGCAGAAGUAGAUUGUCUACUACAUGAGAAGUGACUGAGUAAAUGUGACGAAAUUCGGCGUUGUCGAAUCUGCCGGAUUGAAAACUUUUCUGUGUGUUUAGUUUGUUUGUUACUUUUUUAUCAUGUUGUGACUGAUGAGAACUGACCAUAAUUCGCCGUUGUCGAAUCUGCCGUAUUGAAACCUAUUUUUGUGUUUAUUGUGUUAUUUACUUAUUAUGUAUGAAUUGUAAAUCCCUAACAUUAGUUUUGAUGUUGAAGGUUGUUUUUGUGAUUUUGUGUAAUGUCUCAAUAUGUAGUUGUAAUUGACACUUCUUGAAUUUUUUUACUCUAUAAACAGAACAUAUAUUUCAAAUAUUUUUCAUUUUGUUUUAUUUUCAUUCUAUUUGAGCGACCGAUUAUUAUUCCACUAGGUAAUACUGGACACACCAUUAGAUGAUUUGCUUAUCAUAUGAUACAGACUGAACCUACCUAAACGAAUCUAAUCUAAUGUAGUAAACUUAGGAGCAAUAUGUAAAAAUCAGUGAUAAUACGAGAAAACAGUGCGGAGUGGCCAAUACCAUCCUCGCGGAAAACUCGUAAGCAUGAUUAAAUACGUUUCACAAAUAGAAUUUAUAUUUGUUAUGCCUGUGUGUGUUUGAUAUGGAACAGAAGCAUCGCUUUCCUGUUCAUUACUUUUCUUCUUUCACUUCACACUGUUUGACACAAAAGGUGAAAAAGAAUUCGGAUAAUGCUUAUAGUUUAAACCGGUAUCUGUUAUUUUAAUCCUGUCACUUUUCCAGCGUUUCCAACUCGGGAAAAUAUACUGCCUAGCUUUUAAGCCUACAUUUUGAUAUGUGUAAUAUUCAUGGUUGGCUAUUGUGACGCCUUCAUGUCAGAUUGUCGGCAUAAAAGAAAGAUCUGAUUAAGGCUUGUCAAACAUUCUUAUAUUUAUCUGUAACGGUCUGAUCAAUCGUGUAUUUGCUUCUGUAUUAAACUCCUUGAAAUUAUGGCAGGUUAGCUCUAAAUUGCUAUAAAGUAAAACAAAUCAUCCAGCGUUCUUUCCACCUACCUACGAAAUAAAAUCUGAAAAGGAGAUCCUAUAGAAGCAUCAAUAACCAGGCAAACAGUGAAAAUUGCAGACUUGGUAUUUACACUACCGUCCAUGAACAGGCUCAAUCAAACCGAACCUGCAACAUUUUUGUUUUUGUCGUGUUGUGCGACCUGUGAAGUUUCUCCUUUUCUAUUUUAAUUGAGUGUUCAUGAGCAGUAAUGGAAAAUGCAACACUUUCCACGCUUCUUAGCACCAGCUUAAGCAGUAAUCAAUCUUCGAAACUAAAUGAGUUGAAAUCAAUGAUCCCGAAGGACCAGAAAAGACUUUUUUCGGUUGUCAAAUGUUUUAUUUUGCGAUUUUAUCUACAGUUGUAUCCAUAUUCUUAGAUGAUAGCGUAAAUUAUUUAUUUAAUGUUAACAAUUUAUGAGUAAAAUAGUACAAAAGUAGUGCGAUCAUUUUCGUUGAAGCUUCCAUUUAUCUCCCUUUAAGUCUUGAUACAUAGUGCCGAUGUUUUAAGUAGAUGUAAUAGAAAUAUUUUUUCUGGUUUUAAAAUGUAAAAUAGUUAGUCAACAUGAAGAAUAAAAGAUAUGAUCAAAUAAACUGACAUU